AUGGCCCACUCCUACCAAGUGAGCCUGCGUGAAACCAUGGAAGCCGGUGCCAAGUUUCCUGACAUUGAAGGACAACAUCACAAGGUCGACCUUUCCAUUACUGGCAUAGACAAAGUCGCCUUCGAGGGCGGUCUCAUGACUGCCGCGAGGAUAAAUGCGUUGUCUCUGGUCUCGUGGGUGAGCAAACGCAAAUUCGACAAGAAGACUGUGGUUCUGGUCAAGGUGGGGGCCCGGGCUCAGAGCAGGAUCAAAAUUUUUCGUCACUACACCGCCAACGUGGGUUGGGCCCCUGGAUGGGAAAACCCCAUUCACCUUCUUCUCUCCUUCAACACAUGCAUGAUUUGCCAGACAAUCCCCACGCACGGAGACCUGCUCUUCAGCAUGGAUAUCACUAAAGCAAGUGUCUUGAACGCAAUCAACCAUCUUCUAACCUCUGGGCUCACAAUCUUCACCAUUAGGUUGGACACCAUUCACUUACCACUCAUAUUCAGGAAGUACGAGGUUGGUGUGCUGGUGACUGUUUUGCCGCUGGCCGAUGUGCCAGCGACCAAUCGGUGGGUCUUAUCAGCCAAGCACUGUCGCUUACUCGCAGCGAACGAGGUCCUCAUCAGGGUGGCCAAGGAGGUCCUCAUCAGGGUGGCCAAGAUGGUCAAGAACUUCUGCACUACCAUUGGUUUCACUCAGUUGUAUGAGCAUGAUCUCAAUGGUGAAUACAACUACGUCACUGAGGACGACGGAAUCCAACCCCUCGAAGGGGGUGAUGUUGCCAUGGUUCCCCACCUGGCACCACAAUGGCCGGCCGCAAGGUGUCAGCGACUGCAGUGUCUCCAAGUUCGUCUGCCCAGCGAUCCACAAUCACCCAGUUGCAGUGCUGGGCUGUACUCCCUAUCGCUGCUUGAGCCUCAAACAGAUAGUGACUCGUUCUCUGGCCAGAGAAAUAAGGCACCAGCUGCAUCAAAUAAAUAUCUUGUGUUGACAACCCAAAAAUCCUCGGAGUGCGCGCAACCAAUUGGGAGGUGUAGGCUGAACAUUGGGACCGGUCACUUUGACACUUUUAGACAUGAUUACCUGGUCUCCAUGGAGCUGAUGGGUCUCAUCACUGGUAAUAGGGAGGAACAUGGCCGCAAUCCUGAGACCGAACCGCAGGAAUUCCAAGACAAGAAGUUGGCCAACGUGAUUCAGGGCCUCCUGAUCGAUGCAGGGCACCAACCAGACACAGUUGUGCAAAUCAGAAACAGCACCAGCCACUAUGGCGUUGUUCUCCAAUCGGUGAAAGCCUUCGGUGGGGUAGAAGAGGACCGCAACCCUCUCUCCAGUAAGGCUGGUGGCUAA